AGCUUCUUGUUGCAUGAGAGCUAUGCGGCUAGGUAAAGACUGGCAAAAAAAGGACCAGAACAAUGCCAUUCUCAAAGCACAGCUACCCAGAACAAGCUCGCUCCGCCCAAACAUGAAACGCAAGAGCCCCGACUGAGCUUCCAUCCUAUUUAAUAGUGGCCAAGCCGCCCCUCGUCUUUGUAACGUCUGUUGGCCCUUUGCAACCCCGAUACGUACACCUAUCCACCUUCCCAUCACAUACCUUACUUGGGCAGGAAGACACUGUACCACCAGCUCGAGGCAGGUAGGCACUGAUCACCAAAACUCCGGCCUGUACCUUCGGCGCCACGAGCAGCACAUAUCGAAUUCGCGACCCUGGCUCAAAAGCCUCGUCGUGCCGACUUUCACGACCAUCCUACCUAGAGGGAACCCGAUACCGAUCGCGGGGCAUCAAAGUAGUCCUACAAUGACACAAUACAGCUCCCAGACGCAGACCGCGCUUCUGCGAUGGGUCAACACAUUUGACACGCGGCGGAAGGCCGCAACGCUUCAAGACCUACAAGAUGGCGUCGUGCUAGGCCAGAUCCUCGAGCAGAUGCUGGCGCCCGAGUUUAAUAGCUCGAGCUUAGCCCAGCACCCCUCGACGCUAGAAGAAAACAAACAGAACCUCGAGACUGUCUACCGCGGCCUGGCCAGCUUCCUCCGCGACGACAUACCUGCCCUUGCCCCGUCGCCCUCAAAGUUCCGCGCCAUCACCGAGAACCCGGACGACAACAAGAUGUGCGAGUUUCUCACUUCCUUCCUGAUCGCGGCCUGUCUCGGUUCUCUAUCUAAGACUUACGUCCCAAAGAUCAUGGAGCUCGACAUUGCCGCCCAGGGCGAGAUCGCCAAGAUUAUCGGACACAUGAACCAGCUGAGAAUGGAAACUGAGAGCAAUAGAACGCCGUCACAGGAGGACCCAAUCGAUCUUCACACCUUCAGAGAUCCGGAUCUAAUGGAGGAAGAGCUAGACCAGACCAAGAAAAAUCUCGACAUGGUCAAGAAACAGAAUGCCGACCUCCAAUCCCGCAUCGACAAGCUUCUCGACUCACGGGAGGCUCUACUGCAGGAUUUAAGAAAUGCCCAAGAUGAGCUCUCUGCCCACAAGCGCACCAGAGGGGCUGACGCAACUACGGCUAUCAGAGAUUUGCGCAACGAAAUCCGGGAGAAGAUUGUCGAGAUUGACCGGUUGGAGGACAUGGUUCAGAAAGAGACAGUCCGUUCGGCGAGGCUGGAGAAAGAGAACGAAGGUCUCCGCUUGAAGGCUGAACGGACAAAGGAUCUGGAAGACAAGAUCACCAUGCUUGACCACGAUACAAAACUGCAGCAACAGCAUAUCAAAGGCCUCGAGAACUACAGAAAAAAGGCACAAGACCUUACGGCAAUACAGCAGAGAAACAGGAUACUAGACGAACAGAUCAUCCAGCUCGAGCAGGAUCUGCGAGACUUUGAAGACGUCAAAGCGCUGAACCGAAAGCUGCAGAAGGAGAUUGAGGAAAAGAGCAGGGUGUUGGCCACCAACGAGCAGGAGAUCAUCUUUACGAUCCAAUCAAAGAACGUCCUCCAGGACGCCAACGAAGAGCUCAAGCGGAGAGUUGACUUUCUAGAAUCGAGGCGACAGCUUGAUGAAAGCAGGAUCAGGGAUCUCCAAGAACAACUGCAGCUCGGAGACGUAGCGCUGCCGGGAUCCGAAAGCCCAGAUGCCAGCACGUCCAAAUUUAAUCUCGAGCAGGAACUGGAGAGCACAGCGGACCCAGCCAUAGCUCUGCGCCUCGAGCUCUCACGGCUCAAGGCAGAGAAUAGCCUCUUGCGUAACAACAUGACUGUGGCUUCCGAGAACGAACGACUGCGCACCGAGCUCGACAGCUCCAAUGAAAAGGUCAUUCACUAUCGCCUUAAGUGCACAGAGGCCAUGGAAAAGCACGCCGUAAUACAGGAGCAGAUUAAUGCUUUAGUCAACAGCAUGACGGCAGAAGGGGAUUCUGUAUUCAUCAACAUGCGGAAAGACUUUCUCGAAACCACACGAGAGGUGGAGAAGCUGCGCAAGCAGGUCCAGGACCUUGAGGCAGAUGCAGCCGAUAGGGAGCGAGAGCUGAUACACAUCAAGACUGAUCUGAACGCUAUUGGAGAUGAGCAGUCAUCAGCCCUCGCGGCUCUCAAGUCAUCAGACGAGUUAAUAUCGGACUCGCUUAAGACCGAGCUCGACGCGACACGUGCCCGUCUCUCCAACAAGACAUUCGAGCUUGACCAGAUGAAAGAGCAGCUCAUGGGCGCGUUGAUAUCUAAGGAUAUGAUCCGAAAGAAACUUGACGAGGCUCUAGCAGCGGCUGUGCCUAAUGGACCACUCACUCCUGAUGACGCUCCAAAGGGCAAGAAAGAAGAUGCUGAGAAGAUUGAGAAGCUAAGGGCAGCCCUCAAACAGAAACAACUCGAAAAAGCCGAGCAAGACAAGUACAGCUUGCAACGACGACUCAAAGUUGCUGAAAGCGGUGGCGCGAACGCAGAACAAAAGGCCAAAAAUGAACAGACAAUUAAGACAUUAUUACGCGAAAACGCCAUGAUAUCGACAGCAUGGUAUGACCUCACAGGCCGUCUGCAAACAAACAAUGUCGUCCUUCAGCGGAGACAUGACGCCCCAAAGAGUUGGCUGAACAAGCAGAGGCAAUUGGUGAAUGCCACGCCUCGGAGAUAG